UAAGGCGGUGAGAGCGAGAAAGCUAAGCAACAGAGUACAAUAAAGUCAAGAACCCGCACACUCAUCGCAAGAAUUUCAUCAGCAAAUCUCAUUCGCCUUGCGUGAUGGAGGUGGAGAAAGUUGAAGUUGUGAAUGUAGUUGAGAAGAUGGAAUUAUUUGGAAACUUGCAUCACGAAUUCAACAAUGUCUUUGCGCAAUUCAGCAGCCCAAUUAAGGAAACUACGGGGUGUGUUAAUGAUACUCGAAAGGAUGACUAUGAGGCUUUUGCCAAUGACGCUGUUGUUGCUGCCGCCGCUUUGAACAAGAAGAAGAGGAAGAAUGAUAUUGAUGGCGGCCGCCUCUCACAUAAGACGAGAAAGCUUCAGCAGCAGCGGAUGAAAAUUGCAAAAUUGAAGCAGAAGAUGAGGCGUGGUGAUGUAGUUGAGGGAUGGGAUGCGACUGCAGCCCACCCCGAGCUAUUGAUAUCUCUCAAGUCUUAUCGGAAUUCUGUGCCAGUGCCAAGACAUUGGUGCCAUAAAAGAAAAUUUUUGCAGGGGAACGUUGGUAUUGAGAAACAACCUUUUCGACUUCCUGAGUUCAUUGCUGCUACGGGGAUCAAGAAAAUCAGAGAGGCUUACAUUGAGAAAGAGGAUAAAAGUGAUAAGAAGCUUAAACAGAAGCAACGGGAGAAGCGGAUUCAUCCAAAGAUGGGGAGCAUUGAUGUCAAUUAUCGGGUUCUUGAAGAUGCAUUUUUCAAGUAUCAAACUAAGCCUAAGCUGACGGCAUUUGGUGAUGUCUAUUACGAAGGAAAAGAGUUCGAGGUAGAACUAGAUAGAGAGAUGAAGCCUGGGAUGUUAUCAGAGCUAUUAAAAGAAGCUUUUGGUAUGCCAGAAGGAGCUCCUCCUCCCCCAUGGCUCAUCAGUAUGCAGAGACACGGUCCACCACCUUCUUAUCCACAGCUGAAAAUUCCUGGGGUGAAUGCUCCUAUUCCUCCUAGAGCUAAUUUUGGUUAUCACCCUGGGGGUUGGGGCAAAGCUCCUGUCGAUGAGUAUGCCCGCCCUCUGUAUGGGAAUGUAUUUGGAGUUCAACAGUCCAACCAUGAGGAAGAACUAGUUGGUAACACCAAGCAUUGGGGUGAUUUGGAGGAAAAAGAGGAAGCGGAGGUAGAAGAACAGACAGAGGAAGAGGAAGAGGAAGAGGAAGAGGAGGCCGACAUUCAAUCUUUUGACAGUGUUUCAAGCACUCCUAGUACUGGCGUUGGGACUCCGGAUGUUAUCGAUCUUCGCAAGCGGCCAAGAAAGGAGCCAGAGAAGUAUCUUUAUCGAGUACUUGAGAAAAAGGAAGAAAGGAUUGCUCCAGGGACCUUACUUGGAACAUCACGUGUAUGUCAUUGGCUCUGGCACUCGAGACAAGACUGCUGCCAAAGGUCAGAAAUCAGAUGGGGUUGAUGUCACAUUACAACCAGAAGAGUUGGAAGUAAUGGAAAAUGCUUUGCCUGCAAAGUAUUAGGAAGCAAGGGAGGCGGAGGAGGUGAAGCUGCGCAAUCAGCGAGAGGACUGCAGUGACAUGGUUGCUGAGUAUGGAACGAACAGGAGAAAAAAAAUGCAGGAAAAGGAGGGUAAAUUCAAGGGAAAUCAUGUCUAGUUCUAGGAGUUUUUGUUUUUGUGAUGUUAGAAUGCUUGGCUGCAGGCCUAGAGUUUAGGUGUGGAAUCACCCCUAUGCCUCCCUUUAAUCCAUCACUCUAGUUAGAUGUGUAGUACUAGUAAUUAUUCAAUCUCUCAUUCUCUUUCUACACUUUUAUCUCUCCAGAUAACCUCUGAAUGCUCUCUUUGAUACGCGGCAAGAAAGAGCGAGAAAGUCUUGGUUUUUCUACGUCAGAGAUUCACUGGUAUGACUACCUUCUCACUUUUACCCUUUCGACCUUUGCUCGAAUAUGAUGUAUAUAAGAAAAAACCUCUAAACUUUUACCUGAUAAUGCAUUGUGAUUGUUUUUUCUUUUGGGAUGUAAUUGAGUUUUUUUCUUUUGGUUUAACCCUGAAUUGACUUUGUAUUUCACUUGAGAUUCGUAUUGAGAUUGACUUUUCGUUUGAUUGGAAAUCCUUGCAUGUCAA